AAAACCGCUCAAACUUCUGUGAAGGAUGGAAAGUCUUCCGAGGGUCACCGGCAGCCCUUCCACAGGCGUCUUUGCGUCAACCCUGGAGCCCCUCCCCCGGACGCGCGGGCAGCGGGGCGGAGCCCGGGCGGGGCCUUCGGCAGGGACCUCGGCGAAGGGAGCGCACGAGUGUUGGACUGAGGCAAGCUUCGAGUCUUCGGAUGGAUUUUAAAAUUGAACACACUUGGGAUGAGUUUCCAGUGAAGCAUGAGCCAGUGUUUGUCAGGGUGAAUCCGGGUGAUGGAGGAGUGAUGAUGGAAAUUAGUGCUCCAUUUUUCAAUGAUCCUCCAGCCCCACUAGGAGAACCAGGAAAGCCUUUCAAUGAACUGUGGGAUUAUGAAGUUGUGGAAGCAUUUUUCUUGAACGACAUAACUGAACAGUAUUUAGAAGUUGAACUUUGUCCCCACGGACAGCAUUUGGUGCUUUUACUCUCUGGUAGAAGAAAUGUGUGGAAACAAGAACUUGAUCUAUCAUUCAAAGUGUCCAGAGGAGAGACAAAAUGGGAAGGUAAAGCUUAUCUUCCUUGGAGUUAUUUUCCACCAAAUGUGACAAAAUUCAAUUCAUUUGCAAUUCAUGGAUCAAAAGACAAAAGAAACUAUGAAGCUCUUUACCCUGUACCUCAGCAUGAACUGCAGCAAGGACAAAAACCUGAUUUUCAUCGUCUGGAGUACUUCAAGCCUUUCAGUUUUAACACACUGCUUGGAGAAGAGUGGAAACAGCCAGAAUCAGAACUAUGGCUAUAGAGAAACCUGAGGUAUAGGAGUAUAGUAGGUGACCGUAUCAGUCAUUUCGUCCUAUACCUUUUAAGGUAAAUGAGUAAUAAGUACAAUCUCUUUGAAGAAACUGUGAACACAUUUCAACAACAAAGAUUUUCAUAGAAGUCAAUGAAAUCAUAGUAUCUCUCUGGCAAAUUGUGUAUAAAUUAACAAGAAAAUAGAAAGUUCAUAGAUGAUUUUAACUAUAAAGUGAAACUGUUUCUUGGAGUCACUUAGUCCAGGAGUCAUCAUGUCAACAGGUUCUACCAUCUGCCUUGCAUCACCAUUACCCCAAAUAUCCCUGUCUCUGUCAACCAAAAUCAUUAUUUCUCUUCCCAUUUCCCUAAACUUCAGCCAGUUUGAAACUGAACAUCUUAUUUGCACAUUUUUGAACUCCAUCAUAACAUGUAAUAAUUUGUUACUCAGAAUCUUAUGUCCAUUCUUGAAAUGAGGAGAAAAAUGACAUAUUUUAGUUGAAUAGGAAAUCCAUCUGUUCAGGAAUUAUUAUGAUACACGUGCUAUUUAAUCAGCUGUUUUUCCUGUCUUAUGACUACUUUUUUUCUGUAGAAAGAAAUGGAAUAACAUAGUCUUGAAUUCAGGCAUCAGAUUCUGCUUUCACUUACAAAUAAAUGACUUUUUCUUUUU